UCCUUCUGCACAUGACGUGAUGACCUCUUCACCCCGUAACUACCUUUUUCCACUUUUUUGUUUGAAUUCAAUUAUUUCACAAGCUUCAUUAUUUCCUCAAAAACUGCGUCUUCCUCUUCUCUCCGAAUCUGCUCCUUCAUCGUUGCUUCUACUUUCUUCGUCUGAACUUCGUUCUUAAUAUAAACGAGCACAAGUUCUAAUGGAUUGGCCUACAGAAUCUUCGGACGCGGAUGGGUUGUACAAUGGUUGGAGGAGUGAACAGUAUACUUUUGAAUCGUCUAUUAUGUCGGGUACCCUAGUUUCGGCACUUAAAGUUGAUCGGACUGGUCUCGCCGCCGGUUGUGGCAAGUGUACAGGCAGUACCCAGUGUAGAUCUCCUCUGUUGGAUAUUUCCAAUCAGUCUUUCUUGGGAAGUAGGCAGAAAGCCACUGCGCUCCCUCCUCAAAAGUUGUCUCAACGUUUGGCUCAUCUUCUUUCUGAUGAAAACUGUAUUGCCCGGCUACCUACAUAACUUUGGGUGCUGAUUGUGGUUUGUCCAUUGACAUUGAACUGAAUGAUGUCGGAAAUAAUGUUCCUUACUUUUGAAUUUUGAUUGUUUUGUUCAGACUUUUGUUAGAUUUUUCAGAGAUCUACCUCCUGAUUCUGUGCAAUAUUGGUUUGGUUUGAUUUUUGAACAAUUAUCCUCUAUAUCAAAGUGGUCUACUAUUUUCUUAAUUUUUUUUGAGGUUGGUUUGAUGUUUAUGAUGCUUGUGGUGCAUACUGCAUACAGUAUUUUUUCAGUUUCUUUAAAAGUUGUAAUUCGACUUUAUACCUCGAUCUCACCAUGUACAUAUCUUCUAUCUUCACAUUACAGGAAAAAAUAAAGUUGUGGUUUACUUUAGCUAAUUUUCAUUUUCUUGGUGGGUGUUUUUUUUUGGUUAUCAAUUUACUGAAAUAAAUUUA